AUGGCAUCAAAUAUCAACAAGAAUGCAGUCAAUAUAGUCGAUAGACCACUACCAAAAGGAAAGACUGAGAUCAAUCUUAGCUCAUUUGCUUUCUUGUUUUCAGAGAUUAUACAAUACAGUCAAGAUAGAAUCAAAGCUGGUCAUGAAUUGGAGAAAAAAUUAUCAGAUAUAGGGUUUUUAGUUGGUACACGUGUAUUGGAACUAUUGGUAUUCAGAGAGAAAAAUCCAAAGAGAGAAACAAAGUUGUUGGGUAUCCUUUCAUUUAUUCAUUCCAAUGUUUGGAAAGCUUUGUUUGGAAAACAAGCAGAUUCUUUGGAAAAAAGUACAGAGGCUGAUGAUGAAUGUAAGAAGACGACAACGACGAAUUCAACAUAUAUGAUUUCAGAUGCCAAUAUGAUUGUAAAUAAGUAUAUUUCACUUCCCAAAUCACUAAGUAGUUUGAAUUGUGCAUCUUUUGUUGCUGGUAUUGUUGAAGGUAUAUUAAGUAGUGCCGAAUUUCCGGCAAGAGUGACAGCUCACAAUGUAGCAGUAGAAGGUAAAAGAUUCACAAAGACUGUCAUCUUGAUCAAAUUUAAUGCCGAAGCUUUGGUUGGUCGAUAA